UGAACAGAGCUUUCUGUUACUCUCCUCCCGCUCAUUCUAUGCCAUGAAAAUGUUCCUUCUGUUCCAUUGUGAACCUGUGCCCUUAGAUAAUUCAAAGCAAAGGAAUUUUCCAGGCUUCUUCCAGGUCUCUUCAUAAAAACACUUCAACUGGCAACUGAGGUGUCAGCUCAGGGAAUUUCUCUGAUGGGCUGAAGCAUGAUACAGCAGGGUUAGGCCUUGUGGCCUACUCCUGCCUGGUUUCCUCUGCUAGUUCUCCUCUUUAGAUCUCCUUCCUUGCAAGUUCACAUCACAGCUCCACUCAGAACAGCCACUCCUGAGGAGACCCUUGGAGGAGGAUGUCCAUGAAGAAGGCCCUGAUUCUAGGGGCCAUCACUCUGGCCGCCAUGAUGAGCCCCGGUGGAGGUGAAGACAUCGUAGCUGACCACAUGGGCACUUACGGCACAAAUGUCUACCAGACAUACGACGCCUUUGGCCAGUUUACGUUUGAAUUUGAUGGCGAUGAGCUAUUCUACGUGGACCUGGAAAAAAGGGAAGUUGUCUGGCGGCUGCCUGAGUUUAACAAUCUUACCAAGUUUGAAACUCAGAGUGCCCUGAGAAACAUUGUUAUGUCAAAAAGAAAUUUGGACAUCUUGAUAAAAAAUUCCAACUUUACACCUGCCACCAAUGAAAUCCCUGAAGUGGCCGUGUUUCCCAAGUCUUCCGUGAUCCCGGGAAUUCCCAACACCCUCAUCUGUCACGUGGACAACGUCUUUCCCCCCGUGAUCAACAUCACUUGGUUUCGCAAUGGACGCUUCGCUGCAGAAGGUAUCACCCAGACCACAUUCUACCCCAAGAGCGACCACUCCUUCCGCAAGUUCAGUUACCUCACUUUUCUUCCCUCUGCUGACGAUUUCUAUGACUGCAGGGUGGAGCCCUGGGGCCUGGACGUGCCGCUCGUCAAGCACUGGGAGCUUGAGAUUCCGACCCCUGUGUCAGAGCUGACAGAGACUGUGGUCUGCGCCCUGGGGUUGGCCAUGGGCCUCGUGGGCAUCGUGGUGGGCACUGUCCGAGGCCGGCACUUAGGUGGUCCCUCCAGACACCGAAGGGCCACGUGACUCGUGGUCUGGAAAACUGGAAGGUAAGAAUCAGAUGCAUAAGAUCUGGAAAGACGUUACCACAGGUGGUGAAGGCAAUGGUGGAAAAUUGGCAUCCAGGAUACAUAAAUGUGUUUGAAUAAUUGUGGGCAAAUUGGAGGUGGGUUGACCUUGGGCCGGGAGCACAGGGCCUGUCAAUUUCAUGCUGGUUGCUGUUUCGGGUAAUCAGCCUUUACAAGAAAAGAGAGGAAUGGUUCAGACUCUAGUUCCCUGUUUGGCCUUGAUAUAUAACUUACACGUGCUCCCUGUUCCACCUCAUCCACAUCCCUGUUUCCCUGUUUGAGUGGAAUUUAUGGAGAGAUUUUCCUUCAAAGACCACUGACCCUUAUGAAUUCUUCCAGCUUAGUCUUCAGUUCAUCACCUACGUUUCACAGGCAGACCUGGACCAUUCUACCCAGCCAUCUAGUUCUUGGUCACGCUAAUCCAAUAUCU